UAAGCGUGUGCAUACGACUGUGUGUGAGUGUGUGAGUGUGAGUGUGUGCUGUGUGCGUGUCUGUAUGCGAACGAGCUGAUUCCGAUUUUAAACAAUACAAGCUGCGCUUUUUACAAACAAUCUGGCGAGUGGGAUGAAGACAAACUAGGACGAAGCAAUUAAAUAAUCUGAAGUUACAGAACCGAUCUUUGCCGAAGACGAGCUAAAUCAUCCACACAACAGGGAGUAUAACAGUGUCUUAUUUGUAAUCAGCUCUAAAUUUUAUUUACUAUAAAAUGUAAUACAGCAAUUAGUAAAGUGGCCUACCUGAAGCAAUUCGUUACGACAGUUCAGCUACCGAGUACCAUGUCGUUUCUUCAGCUGUAGUGUUUGAGUGUACGCUCUUUGUGUGUGCAUGUGUGUGUGAAUGUGUGUGAACGUGAAUGUGCCUUUUGAUAAGUGUGCUAAACUGUUAGCGGAGUUUGGUGAACAUGCCGAAUGUAGUUGGCUAUGCAUAGCUAACUUAACAUAAUCGCUACUUUUGUAAGAUAGCAAAAAAAGAAGAAAAAAAGUUUCUAGCAGAAGCCAUAUUAAUCAGAUAUAAAUCAGGAUGAUGAAGACCUUAACGAAAAAGCUGAGAAGGCACUCUCUUAAUGAAAUACACCCAUUUCAGCUAAAGAUCUCCUACCAUGGCAGUGAGGAGGGUGGGGAGAGUGAGGACUCUGAGGGAGAGAAUCAGGAGCUGGCACAGAUCGACAGGGAGAGGCGGCGGAACUGUGGGCUUACCCCUCUGGCCACCAGCCAGCAGCACAACCAGGGGGCGCUCUCCCCCGCCCGUCUGCGCCGGCUGCGGGUGCUGCUGGACCCUGCGCUGGACCGCCACAGCUCGGAGGAGGAGCUGGAGCGCAUCAGCCGGGACUUCCUGCAGCCGGCCGGGGAGGGCAGGAAGUGGGCCGACCACAGCAGCGCCUCCAGCGACGAGGAGGUGAAGGACCUCUGCGGGCCUGUGGAGCCGGGGACUUGCCUAGCGGCCUCUCCCAGCCCGGUGCUCUUCAGUGCCUCUCCGCCGCACAGCCUCAGGCCCCCGGUGCGGGGCUCGGCCCGGCCCAUCAUUCUGACCCACUUCGAGCCGGCGGCGGCGCCGUACAGGCGGCACAGGCAGGGGUACCCGGGGGAGCCGGGCAGGCCCAGCCUGGACCUUGAGAAAAUGCAGCAGAAAAUGCUCCUGAAAAAGAACUGUGGCGGAAAGACGAGGACCAUAAAGAUCCGGAACCUGAGCAGCAGCCGGCCUCCCCCGAGGUAUGCCUACGACCCCUCCGUCUUCGCGUUCCGGUCACUGAGCACCAUCCCUCCGCGCAGCCCGCUGACAUCACAGGAGGAGCCUGCCUGAGACCUGUGCGCCACGCCCCUAUCCGCCCCACCCCCUCCACCUCCCCAACAUGAGUGGACUCUUUUGAGAGACAGGCCAAAAAAAUCAAGAUAUCUGACAUUAAAGGCAAUAUUGUUUUUUUUUUUUUUUAGCAUCCCUAUUACUCUUAGGUCAUCAGUCUGGAACAUUGCUUUAAGAACAAUAUAUCAUUAUUAUUAUUUUUAAUAAUAAUAAGCUUAAAAACUCUUUUAAAAAAGGAAAAUGUGUGGAAGCCAGGGUGUGAAAGGGUGACCGGAAGAGCGGAAGUGGCUUUUUCCCCCCUGAGCUUUCACUAAACUCACUCUCAGGAAUCCCAUUCGAAACCCGGCAGCACAGUGGCAUCACCCACAAAGCUGCUGACUGCAGAGCAACAAAGAUCCGCAGGAGCCAGAAGAUUUAUCCCACCUAGGGUGAAAAGGGAGAGCUGUGGGGAGAGUUAUGCCCAGGGACUGGCCAGCUCCACCUGGGAUCUGGCAAGACUGUUUGGUGUUGAAGGCCUACAGAGUCCAGCCAAACAAUGCUCAGCUCCUAGGCUAUUUCAGGUAUUUUAUUUGUGAUUGGCCUUGUUUAGGCUCUUUUCCCAUUUGCAUCAGUCUAAGGCCUGUUGGGCUUUUUUUCUUGGAAAUGAUUUUAACUAAAGGAGAUGAGAGCAGGGCAUAGUAUAUGGGUUAGAAACGGAAAACCCAAGCAAAUUUACAUUGUGCUUUGGCCAUAACUUGCAGAUGCCUACUGAGGACAAUCUGAGGUUUCCCCUUAAGGAUUCCCAAAGCCUGUGUUUAAAUCUCCCAUCAACACCCCCCCAAAAAACAUGCUUUAAAGGAACAUGACUCCCUCAGUUAUAUCCAGCAGGUUAUAUUAUCUUGACAAAAACUUUGUACACAUUUUCCAGUGAAACUCAGAGGUUAACAGACCCAUUCUAGCCAUCUUGACAGAAGGCUGCACCAUAUCUAAUUAUGAUACACAAAAGUCAUUGUCCUUCCUGUCCAUGUGACACAUGGGGGGUUGGUGAGAUCAGAGGCAAUAAUGACACACCACUCAAACCGAAAGUAGAUCAUUUCACGUAUGUCUGCUUUAUAGACUUACUGUAACACCACAUGUAACAUGCAAAUAAAGCAAAAACAGUACUGUACUUCGACCAGCUCUAUAAAUGCCUAUUGAAAAAUGAGAGAAUGCACCUUGAUUCCAAGCUGUAGUAAAGUCAGUAGAGGAUGUUCUCAGUGUUCAAAAAUGUUGAGCAGAAGAGCAGAGAGCUCUGCACAGAGGUGCGCUAACUCUCUUCUCUGUGCUGCUCACAAGAUGAUGUGAGCAGCUAACCUAUAAACCCAGCACCACCUGCCUUUCUCCUCCACGCGCCACCGUUCCUCUGGCUUUGAAUGUAAAAAACUGUGGGCUUGUGAACAGGUCAACACGCUAACGCAGGAGACGGAGAUUCAAAAUUAUAUUUGAAUGUGUUAUCUGUCAUAAAGAUGACUUAUUUAUGCACACGAAUGUAUCUAUGUACCGAUCAGGCAAGACGCACUGAGAUCAAAUUGCAGAACGCCGCUGUAAGGUAACUGUAGCAGAGUAUGUUUGCAAGUACGAUUGUAACACAGUAAGAGCAAAUGGGGAUUCUCCCCCCCUCUGUGACUUUUCUUUGUCGCUUGUGUUCCAACUUGAGAAAAUAAAUGCCUUGUGGCCCCA